AUGAGUUGCACAUACAUAUGUACUUACAACAACGUCACCACCCACAAAUGCAAAAGUGCGCUUCAUGCGGCACAACAUUAUGGUUUAGUAAUAAAUCCAAAAACUACAACAACAAAAACAACCACUGCCACGCGCUCACUCGAUGGUGAACUUCUUUGGCAGCGAGAAGCCACCGAAUUCAUAGAACGAUUCCCUCAACGUCGUCGCCCACAUGGCACACUUCGUCCUAGCGCUUCCGCUGGCGCGCUUUAUAAGAAAGGCACAACCAUAACUACGAUCAAUAAGCGCGCCAGUGGUGGUGAAUUAUUAACUGCACAGCAACGGCAUCAACGGGAUCUCUUCAGCGGCGACUUGGGCAUACCAGAGGUGCGCUCCCAUGUCGGCAGUAUGGUGCACACUUUUGAAACGCUCGCCUUGCAACGUAAACUAGCCGAUCAAGAGCGUGCCAAAGAGCGCGCCUGGGCACUGCAACAACAGCAGCAAUGGGAGCGAGAACAGCUGCAACUACAACAACAAAGUAAGUACAAUAUGCCGUUGCUCACAAGCGCAGUGCACACGACCACUUAUACAUAUGACACGCCCACACAUGCGUCACGCGCAUCACAGCACGGCACCAGUAACAGUAAAUACCAUCAACUCAAACGUAAAUCACACGAAUCGCGUCAGCGUCUAAUACAAUUGAGUAAAGAGCAGCUGCUAGCCGCCUUUGGCAGCAGUGGUGGUUGUAAAGACAAGCGCUCGCGCGCUACACAAAAACUUGCUAGCAGUUGUAGCGUACAAACGCUGCCCGCUGACAGCAGUGGCGGCAUUGCAGUGGCAGCUGAUGGCAGUCCGUUUAAGCGGCGCAGCACUUUGAGUCUGCAGCGCGCGGAGCAAAUGACGCGCGCCGCAAAUGUUGACGAUGAUUUGGCGCAACAAUUUUGCCAUAUGGAUGAUGAUUAUCGCAAAAAUCUUUUUGGCACAUUGGCAAAUCGAGGGCGCGCGCCAAUGCUGCAUUUUGCGAUGAGCAGCAGCAAUGACGUGAGCGGUGACGCAAACGCUGGUGCGCAUUAUAAUAGCGCGUGUGGCAGUCAAGAACGCGAGAACAAUGACUUGAGUAUUGAAAACGAUGAGACCUUUAUUGUGAAUGCCGCUUUCGAUGAGAUAUUUGCCGGCUAUAGCGGCGUCGACGAUGAUGAAGAAGAGGUUAACACUGCUGGUGGAGAAGAGCAAUUGGUCAGCCUUAGCGAGCUGGACGACGAUGUCUUCAAAUCGCUCAACUCAAGCCGUGUCAAUAAUCUAGACUGUCCUGGGAGCACACCAAUGAAGUUGCCGCUACUGAAAAAGGCACCACCGCCACAGCCUCCAGCUGCAAUACUAAAAGAUUCAGCAAUUAAAAAUACAGCGCCAUCUUCGACGGGCAAGCGCACUAUAAUGCCGCUUGCCAAACAAAAGCAACGUUCCACUACGCUUCAUAAUCUCUUCGAUCGUCUGAAAGCGUCGCAGUUUAAAGCAAAGCGUCCCUUCGGCAAAAUGCCUUCAGACAACUGUCCUGGGAGCACACCAAUGAAGUUACCGCUACUGAAAAAGGCACCACCGCCACAGCCACCAGCUGCAAUACUAAAAGCUUCCGCAAUAAAGAAUACAGCGCCAUCUUCGGCGCGCAAGCGCACUAUAACGCCGCUUGCCAAACUAAAGCAACGUUCCACUACGCUUCAUAAUCUCUUCGAUCGUCUGAAAGCGUCGCAGUUUAAAGCAAAGCGUCCCUUCGCCAAAAUGCCUUCAGACAGCCUACUCAAGCAAGACCAGCUGAGUAUCGAGCAGAUGACGCAUGCGUUGCAUAAAUAUCCACCACAAUUAGAUUUGUACCGUGAGUUGGGCGAGGGUGAAGCCACCGAAGAACGCCCCGUGGUUAACGAUGCCGCCGAUCAGGACUUUCUACGCGGCUCCACACUAAGUCAAUCGUUUGUGCGUCAACUAAAUUUGCAUCAAGAUAAAGAUAAGGCGAAGAAGAAAUUACCAGCGCCACCGCCACCCAUAAACGUGCGAGUACAAUCGAACAGCGCCAGCGGUGGCGUAAAUGCUGUAAAUGGCGCACCGCGACCACACCUCUCACAGCGGCGCACUAAGUCGACAAACGAGUUGCUGCUCGACGAUUUGGCAGUGCAAGCGCGCCGUUAUCAGCGCGCAGCUAGUCGUAAGUACGCAGCGCCUGCAACACCGAAAAAGCAGCAAACAAUAGAGGCGGCAGUAGACGGCGGUGAAGCAGCACCGCGCUAUAAACAGACCGGUGGCAGUAGUAGAGGGCAUGGCGUCGGCGCUGAUACGACGCGUAGUGGCCGCAGCACAAGUGGUAGCUAUUUGCGCGGCAGCGCCGAGAUUUAAUGGGUAACAAAAGAAUGGCAGCACUGAGAGUCUCGCCAUAAGCUGAAAUAAAUGGGUGUUGUUGACGCUGUCAAAUUAUACCCAACGUAAAUGUUAGUUAUAUAAAAGAAGAUAUAUAUAUUUAAUAACAGUAUUAUAAUUCUACUAAUUAUACUAAGCAAUCAACUAAUUUUGCCAGUGUCAAUGUUAUUUAUUGCCAUGUUUUCAUGCAAUCAACAAUUAAGCAUUUAUUUUGAAUUUUGAUUAAAACUUAAAAAAUAAUAUUCUGAAUGUGACUGAUUUUUUUUGUUAGUGUACUCGUGUUAUAACCAAAAUAUUGAUUCCUUACGCAAAUAUUUAAGCCAUUAAACGUGUUACAGUUAAUGUUAUAUCUAAUAUAAAUAUUAGUGUAAAGGAAAAUCAUUGUAAAUAAAUCUUAGCACUCUAAUUGAGGACUAAAAAUUUAAUUUGUUCUUAAAAAAUAUGCUUAAUAUUUAUUCUAAUACAUACUAAUCAGCUAAUUGGCAACAUCUUUUAUAUAAGUACUUGCAGGAAUGUUAUUACAGUGGGCUCUGCUUAAUUGCAAACAACCCAAUGGCAAAUCGAAUAAUGAAUAAAAGUAAGGAUUACUUCUCUAAUAAGAUGUUAAAUCUCUUUUAGGAAUCCCAGCAAAGACCAAAAAGAUACCUUAUACUUGAUUUCCACUAUUCAUUAAAUGACCAACAUUUGUAUGGCAAAGUUGGCAACAAAAAUCAUUUCAGCGCGAUAUUUUUUGUCACUUCAAUGCCGAGGUCAUUUUCAUACCUAAGGGAACCAGAGCCUCUCAUGUGAAGCCUAACCAUUUUCUUCUUUCUUUCUAAAAAUCCAUGAAUGGAUUAUGGAUACAUUUAUUUAGCGAAAGAUGAACUCAAGUGAGCUAUCUGACUGCCGUCACUUCAAUUCAAAGGACAAAUCUGUUCACAAAGUCGUUUCUGAUAUCGGAAAUCCUUGGCUUCCAAGAAACUAACAUUAGACUUUUUUCUAGAUGUAGAGGAGCCUUUAAUAACAUCCUCCCAGAAGCGUACGCAGAGUCACUGCUCAAAAAGUAUGCUUCCAACAUAAAUGACGUAAAUGAAGUGAAAUAUUUGAGCGUCAUUUUGUACAGAACAUUGACCUGGUACUGUCAAAAUGGAAAGAUACUAGGUUCGGUCAUAACAACAUUCGAACUAACUACUGCGAUACUUUUAGGUCUCCAGACUACACAACAGCGCCUCUCGAUUUUGAGACCAAGUUCUCCACACAAGUCCACAAGGACUGAGAGAACGAUUUGGUCUGGGGUCUCCAAAAUAACUUUAUAGCCGCCUAUUCGGACGGGCUAAGCAUAUUGAGUGGGUUAUACCUGAAAUACCUCUCACUAGACCUCUACCUUCCGCGGUCAGACCAUUUCAGUGUCUUCCAAGCAGAGCUCAGGGUCAUAAAAGAGGCUGCACUUUGGCUCAUCGAAUAUUCCCUUAAUCUGCCUUCAUUAACCAUAUACUCCAAUAGCCAAGCAACUACUAAGUCACUGGAUUACUGUGAAACCUCGUCAAAAAUCGCUAUAGAAUGUAAAAAAAGUCCUCAAGAACUUAGCUCCAAAGUCUACUACCCACAUUGUGUAGGUGCCUGGUGACAGAGAAAUAAAAGGUAACUGCACAGCAGACGAGCUUGCGCGGAGGAGAACCACCCUGUCUGACGUCAAUUCUUCAUACAAUGUGGGCUAUCUACCUGUAAAACACACUUCCUCGAGAAUACAAAUAAUACGUUUGGAACGACUCGACAAAAACAUCUUAAAAACAAAAGCUUAACAAAUGUUUGGCAAAAUGUUAUUUACCUUUUUUUUAAUUGUUGAAC